CACUUUCUCAUUACAAAUGAAGCGCCUCCAGUGUCAGGCCUCUGUGGCUUUGUAUAAAUUACACCUUUUAUUUCAAGCUGAAGUUUAAAGAUAAAGACAUGUCUGCCGAAAAGAAGCCCAAAAAGAAGUCUGAGUCUUCAACAGCAGAGACCAACGGAACCGAAGCCAAACCCAAAAAGACAAAGAGUAAGAAGAAUCGAGAUCUAUCGGCCGAGAGCAGCCCACCCACUCAAAAUGGAGAGAAAGUGAAGAAGAAGAAAGUAGAGAAAGAGAAGGGAUCGCCAGAGAAGGACAAAGAAUCCAAAAAGAAAGCUAAAAGUGCUCCAAAGAAAAAGAAGAGCUCUACAGAAGAUGAUGAUGAUGAAGAGGAUGAUGGGGAGAGUACACCUCAGAAGAAGAUGACAAAAAAGUCUUCAAAGGAAAGUUGUGAUGGAAAAGAAAAAGAUAAAGAAAAGGAGAAAGACAAGAAGUCUAAAUCCAAAGAUGUUAAAGAGGACACAGACAGUAAAGGAAAAUCAAAAGCCAAGAAGAAGGAGCCAGUCUCCAUGUUUCAGAUAAAUGGAGACAAGCCGGAAACCAAGAGUAAAAAGAAAGCUGCAAAAUCUGAGAAUGAAGACGAGAGUGAACCAGAAACUAAAAGCAGCAAUACAAAGAAGAAAAGCAGCUCAAACCCAGCAUCCAUGUUCCAGACCGGAGGAGACAAAGACAAGGACAAAAAGACCAAAAAGUCCAAAAGUUCUGCUAAAGCAGAAGAGAGUGAAGAAUCAGAUUCAGAAGUGACACAGAAGAAGAAAAAGGGAAAGGGGAAAAAAAGCAAGAAGGAGGAAAGGGCAUCUUCUCCCGUCAUCGAGUUUGACAAUCUGGAGGAGUUUGUACUUCAACCUGCACAACAAGGUGUCACGGUAAAGUGUAAAGUAACCCGUGACAAGAGAGGAAUGGACAAAGGCAUUUAUCCUACAUACUACCUACACCUGGACAAUGAGAAAAAAGUAUUUUUGUUAGCGGGGAGGAAGAGGAAGAAGAGCACAACCUCAAACUACCUGAUCUCCAUCGACCCCACUGACCUCUCCAGAGGUGGAGAAAACUUCAUUGGGAAGUUGAGGUCCAAUCUGAUGGGUACUAAAUUCACAGUGUUUGAUAAUGCACUGCAUCCGGACAGAGCACUCCCUGACAUGUCCAACGCACGACAGGAAUUAGCGGCCAUUAUCUAUGAAACAAAUGUUCUGGGCAUGAAAGGACCAAGACGAAUGAUUAUAGUUGUCCCCGGCAUGACCAAAGAUGGUGAACGGGUGCCCAUACGACCACGUAGUGACAAUAACGGUCUCCUCAUGAGACACCAAAACAGAAAUAUGGAGAACUUGAUAGAGCUGCGCAAUAAGACGCCAGUGUGGAACGAAGAGACUGCGUCACACGUGUUAAACUUCAAUGGCAGAGUCACACAGUCCUCCAUCAAAAACUUCCAGAUUGUCCAUAACAAAGACCAGGACUACAUUGUGAUGCAGUUUGGAAGAAUUGCCGAUGACGCCUUCACUCUGGAUUAUAAAUAUCCUCUGUGUGCCGUACAGGCGUUUGCCAUCGCGCUUUCCAGCUUUGAUGGCAAAAUCGCCUGCGAGUAAAAGAACCAAGAUAUGUAGCUGAUAUCUUGCUCCAAAACCACCAUAAAAAAGCCAGACUACAGUUUGCAUGUGCAAAUGGGGACAAAUAUCUUACUUUUUGGAGAAGACUUUUUGUGAUUUUGUCACAUGCAACGAAUGGGAAACAUUGUCAUUCAGCAACAGCUCCAUGUAAUACACCACAAAAAGACUAAAACCCAUGAAAAUAGCCUCUGGUGUCCUGAGUGGUUAUAUCCUCUCAAAAAACUCCUUAAAAUGCGCUAAAAUCUAAUAAUGAGUAUAUUGGAUGAAACACAGAGUGCAUUGAGAUGUUUAUUUUGAGAGUAUUAAAGAUGCAAAUGACCCCUGGUGGUGAGGAGGUUGCAUUACACUCGGUAUGUGCUUGACAGAGGGUUGAGUAAGAGCUCAGAAAGGAGAAAUGUUUAUGCUUGACUGUUGUCAUCAGAAAUGUGUGUAAUUUUAUGUUUAGAUUAUCUAUACAGUGUAAUGAAAAGAAAUGUAUUUCAGUGUUGUGCUUCAUGUUACAAACCAGAAAUCAGCAUUAUUACCACAGCACAGGGGUCUUAAACUAACUGCCUGUAAGAAAGUUUCAUACGGUCCCCCACCAUUGCACAUAUAGAAAUUACUUUGUUAAAUGAAGGUAAAAGGAAAAUAAAAUGUGUAUGUAUUUACAACUGUCAUGUUCUUUGUGUGCAUGUAACUGUUUGUGUAAGAAUGCUUAUCAGAGAGCGAGUAAGAGAGAAAGAGGUUGUUUGUUGUGUGCUGAAAACAGUAGCAGAUUUAGGCAUGGGCGACAUGUGCAGUUGCCCAGGGUGGCAUCUUGCGGCGGGGGG